CCGGAAGUGGGGGAAAACUGCGAAUGGAAGAGAGGCAGGCCGCUGAACGGAAGUCGUGCGGCUGAGGGGAGGCGAAGCGGCUUCGAGUGACGGAGCGAAGAGGAUGAACAACAAAUUCGACGCGACAUAUAGUUCCCACUGCCAUUCUCAAAGUCCUGUUAGCCUGAAGGAUGACGACAGCGGCGAUCAUGACCAGAAUGAAGAGAACAGCACACAGAAAGAUGGUGAGAAGGAAAAAAACGACAAAGACAAACCCCAAAGCAGUGCCAAGAGGAAGGCUGCAGUUCCGGGACCGGCGGAGCACCCUCUGCAGUAUAAUUACACGUUCUGGUACUCCAGGCGGACUCCGGGGAGACCCACCAGCUCUCAGAGUUACGAACAGAACAUCAAGCAAAUCGGCACUUUCGCCUCGGUGGAACAGUUCUGGCGGUUUUACAGCCACAUGGUCCGUCCUGGGGACCUGACAGGCCACAGCGACUUCCAUCUUUUCAAAGAAGGGAUUAAACCCAUGUGGGAGGACGAUGCCAACAAGAACGGGGGCAAGUGGAUUAUCCGCCUCCGAAAGGGCCUGGCAUCCCGGUGCUGGGAGAACCUCAUUCUGGCUAUGCUGGGAGAACAGUUUAUGGUGGGGGAAGAAAUCUGUGGGGCCGUCGUCUCCGUCCGUUUCCAGGAAGAUAUCAUCUCCAUAUGGAACAAGACAGCCAGCGACCAGGCCACCACGGCCAGGAUCAGGGACACCUUACGACGAGUUCUCAACCUUCCCCCCAACACCAUCAUGGAGUACAAAACGCACACGGACAGCAUCAAGGCCUGGGAAGAGUUUCAUGGCCUGGUGAACAGCAGCGGCCGCUGAAAUGAGCGUCUUCCCUCCCUCCCUCACACGCCCAGGGGAUAAUUCCAGCUUCCGGAAUACCAAGAUCACUUUGUGAGCAGGAGGCGAGGAUUCAACACCAACCAGCUCCUCCGGGGUCCAGCCUGGUAAAGGGGGCGGGCGCCUCCCUCGGUGCCCUCUAGGCCAAGCUGGCAGGACAGCCUGGACCCUUGACCCUUCAAGACAGCCUUUACACCCGUGUCAAAGACUGACCUUCGGCAACCAAGGGACCUGCCAGGCCAAGCAGCGGGGAAAACGCCCUUGGCGUUCCUCGGGACCUCAGCUCCUCUUGCGAAGGGCCCACGUCUGCCCAGAGGCUUUCCAGUAUUAUGAGGGUCUCCGCGGCGGCAGAGGCCAUCGGAGAAUUGGCACCCCUUCCUUCUGCCAAUAAACAAUUAGGCUCCUA